AUGUUUCCGCCGGAGCUCCAGCCGAGGGCCUUCCGUCCCCACAUAUCAUCCUCUUUGAGCGCCCCGUCUUUCCCCACUACCUCCUACAAUGGUGACCAAAACCCUAACCCUAGCCCUGGUUCCUCCUCCUCGUAUCAUGGCACCACCAACAGCCGCCGCAGCUCUUCCGUCAAGAAUUCUCGAUUCUCUCCGUCUUCUUUCUUCCACAACACUAGAAUCGCUAUUUCCUUGGUUCCCUGCGCAGUCUUCCUCCUAGACCUUGGUGGAACUCCGGUCGUUGCUACCCUCACCAUCGGCCUCAUGAUAGCCUACAUCCUUGAUUCCAUCAAUUUUAACUCCGGUUCGUUCUUUGCCGUCUGGUUCGCCCUCAUUUUCGCUCAGAUCGCCUUCUUCUUCAGCUCCUCCCUCAUCCUCACCUUCAAUUCCAUCCCCCUCGCUCUCCUUGCCGCUUUAACCUGUGGGUUGGCCAAUUUCCUAAUCGGUGUUUGGGUUUCCCUUCAGUUCAAGUGGAUUCAAAUUGAAUACCCUACCAUUGUGAUCGCACUGGAAAGGCUCUUAUUCGCCUCCGUUCCCCUCAUCGCCUUGACUCUUUUCACCUGGGCAGUAGUCUCCGCUGUUGGUAUGGUCAACGCCGCAUAUUAUGUCAUGGUUUUCAAUUGUGGUUUCUAUUGGCUUUAUUCAGUCCCUCGGGUAUCAUCCUUUAAGUCAAAGCAAGAUGUGAGUUACCAUGGGGGUGAAGUUCCAGACGACAGUCUAAUUCUAGGACAGCUUGAGAGUUGCGUGCACACUUUGAAUCUAUUGUUCUUCCCUCUGUCCUUUCACAUUGCGUCACAUUACUCUGUUAUAUUUUCAUCAGCUGCUUCAGUUUGCGAUCCGUUCCUUCUUUUUUUCAUUCCCUUUUUGUUUCAACUUUAUGCAUCGACUAGAGGGGCACUGUGGUGGGUCACCAAAAUUGAGCAACAGUUGCACAGCAUUCGAUUAGUCAAUGGUGCUAUUGCACUGGUUGUUGUCGUAAUUUGCUUGGAGGUCAGAGUUGUUUUCCAUUCCUUUGGGCGCUACGUUCAUGUUCCACCUCCACUAAGUUAUCUGCUCGUUACCAUUACUAUGCUUGGAGGGGCAGCGGCUGCUGGUUCUUAUGCACUUGGCAUGAUUUCUGAUGCUUUCAGUUCUCUAGCCUUCACUGCUGUGGCUGUCAUUGUCAGUGCUGCCGGAGCAAUUGUCGUGGGGUUUCCUAUUCUGUUCUUUCCACUCCCCGCGGUAGCUGGGUUUUAUUUGGCUCGCUUUUUCACCAAAAAGAGUCUAUCAUCGUACUUUGCAUUUGUUGUGCUAGGGAGCUUGAUGGUUACAUGGUUUGUGAUGCAUAAUUAUUGGGACCUUAAUAUUUGGAUGGCGGGAAUGUCAUUGAAAUCUUUCUGUAAGCUUAUAGUUGGCAGCGUUAUCCUAGCAAUGGCGGUUCCUGGUUUAGCUGUUCUUCCACCAAAAUUUCAUUUCUUGACAGAGGCGGGAUUAAUCGGGCAUGCGAUGUUGCUAUGCCACGUAGAAAAUCAGUUUUUCAAUUACUCAAAUGUGUACUACCAUGGUAUGGAUGAUGAUGCGAUGUAUCCCAGUUACAUGAUUGUCCUGACUACAUUAGUCGGUUUAGCUGUUGUCAGGAGACUUAUGGUGGAUAAUCGCAUUGGACAAAAGGCAGUGUGGAUAUUGUUGUGCCUGUAUUUCUCGAAGCUUUCUAUGCUGUUUAUGCCAUCAAAGGCUGUUUUGUGGGUUUCAGCUGUUCUCUUAUUAGCCAUCUCUCCUCCACUCCUCCUUUACAAGGACAAGUCAAGAACAGCCUCAAAGAUGAAGCCUUGGCAAGGUUAUGCUCAUGCUGCUGUCGUUGCUAUGUCUGUGUGGUUUUGUCGUGAGACAAUCUUUGAAGCUCUUCAAUGGUGGAAUGGUAGGCCUCCAUCAGAUGGUUUGCUUUUGGGCUCUUGCAUUCUUUUGAUGGGAUUGGCUUGUAUUCCUAUCGUUGCUCUCCACUUCUCCCAUGUCAUGUCUGCAAAGAGAUGUUUGGUACUGGUUCUGGCAACAGGAGUGCUGUUUAUCCUGAUGCAGCCACCGAUUCCGGUGUCAUGGUCAUAUCACUCAGACCUUAUCAGAUCUGCUCGUCAAUCUGCAGAUGACAUCUCCAUAUAUGGCUUCAUGGCAUCGAAGCCUACAUGGCCAUCUUGGUUACUUAUUUUUGUUAUCAUGCUCACUCUAGCUGCUGUUACCUCCAUAAUUCCCAUUAAAUACAUUGUUGAGCUGAGGACUUUUUACUCCAUUGCCAUGGGAGUUGCCCUUGGAAUUUACAUAUCUGCAGAAUACUUCCUCCAGGCAGCAAUACUGCAUGCCCUUAUUAUUGUCACCAUGGUCUGUACCUCUGUAUUUGUGGUCUUCACUCAUUUACCAUCUGCCUCAAGCACGAAGAUCCUGCCAUGGGUAUUUGCGCUUAUUGUGGCCCUCUUUCCUGUAACUUAUCUACUGGAGGGCCAGGUGAGAAUUAACAAAAGCAUUGUUGGAGAAAUUGGAAUUGGUGAUCUGGGGGAGGAAGACAGCAAAGUAGCAACACUUCUGGCUGUUGAGGGUGCAAGAACAUCUUUUCUUGGUUUAUAUGCUGCAAUCUUUAUGCUUAUAGCACUGGAGAUAAAGUUUGAGUUGGCUUCACUUAUGCGAGAAAAGGUUGUAGAAAGGGGUGGACUUAGACAGGGCCAAUCUAGUCAAAAUAGCUCGGCUAUUGUCCCUCCAAGAUUGAGGUUCAUGCAGCAACGCAGGGCCUCUAUGGCGCCAACCUUCACCAUUAAGAGAAUGGCUGCUGAAGGAGCCUGGAUGCCUGCAGUUGGCAAUUUGGCUACAGUGUUGUGCUUUGCAAUAUGCCUCAUCUUAAACGUCCAUCUCACAGGCGGCUCAAACCGCGCUAUAUUUUUCUUGGCUCCGAUCUUGCUGUUGCUUAACCAGGACUCAGAUUUCUUUGCUGGUUUUGGGGAUAAGCAAAGGUACUUCCCAGUUACAGUAGCUAUCUCUGUCUACUUGGUGAUGACGGCCAUAUACAGCAUGUGGGAAGAUGUAUGGCAUGGAAACGUAGGAUGGGGCUUUGAUAUAGGGGGACCUGAUUGGUUGUUUGUAGUAAAGAAUCUGGCCCUCCUUAUCCUCACAUUACCAAGCCAUAUUGUUUUCAAUCGAUUCGUGUGGAGCUACACUAAACAGACCGACUCGAUGCCAUUGCUUAUAAUACCCCUCAAUCUGCCAUCAGUCAUAAUAACAGAUAUCAUCAAGAUCAAGAUUUUGGGGCUGCUUGGAGUUAUAUAUUCAUUGGCGCAGUAUCUGAUUUCCAGACAGCAAUAUAUAUCUGGGUUGAAGUAUAUUUAG